AUGCUAUUUCCCUCGUCUAAUAAUUUAUCAGUUCAAAAGGAAUGUCCAAUAAUUAUUAAUUUACAACCAACUAGUGAUUCUAUUAUAAAAGGUUGUCCAGGUAUACCUAGAAGUAUACCACGAAUAGACACUAUAAUUCAAAUACGAUCUAAAACGGGACUACCUUUCAAACUAAGAUCAGUAUCAGCUCAACUAAUAACAAGUCAAUAUGUCAAUCUAAAUAAAAAAUUAGGAACCUCGAGUGAAACAUAUAAAGAUUUUAAAAUAUUCGAAGAUCCAUUAAUAUUUAGAAGUUUAGAAUUUGUGGAAGAUGUUUUGGGAGUUGAUAUUCCAGUUCUAAUUCCAAUACCUAAGGAUAUUAUCUCAUCAGGUCAUUCUCCAAAUUUUAAUUGUACUACCUUACACCAUUUAUUUAUUCGUGUAUUUAUUGGAGAUUCAGCAAGUAGUGAAAUAUCAUUCAUGGAAAAGUUUCCAGUUGUUAUUAAACUAUAUGAUGCGUUGCCAUUAUAUCGACAAUUCAGUGAGGUGGUGAGUGAAGCUAGAGAAACGAUAGAUAAACAAGUAUUGAUUCAUAUUAACAUGUCUGUUGGUUCAAUUGGUCCUGGGGAUUCGCUACCUAUUCAACUACGAAUAAUGACAAAUUCAGGAAAUAACAAAUUAAAGAAACAUCUAAAUGUCAAAACUGUAACUUUUCAAGUUAAAGAAAUUUUAGAAUGUUUUGAUGGUGGAUUAACUCCAAGAAAAGAAGAGAAAAUAUAUUCAACUACAAAAACACUAAAUAAAGAAUUGAAUACCGAAGGAAUAGUUGAAUCAUUUAACUAUACCUAUCCUAAUGAAACAAAUUUGCUAUCGUUUUUCAAUCAUGAUAAAUUACCAAUGAAUCUACCCAGUGAGAAUCUUCCAGAUUAUGAAACUACAGUGAUUGAAUCAAUAAAUAUAUCAAAUGUGAAAAGCUUCUCAAAAAUGCCUCAAGGUCUAGGUAUAACUCACAACCAUUCAUCAUUCACAUCACAAGGUAAAUUAUAUUCAAUUAAAUUUGAAAUAGUACUCAAAUUUAAAUUUUCAAAAGUAAAAGAUUUAGAUAUUCAUUUACCAAUCAUAGUAUGUCCUUAUAAUAGAACCAGUUCAGAAUAUUUAUUAUCUUGGAUACUUGAACAAUGUAACAUUUCAAAAGACAAAUUUGGUAAGUACUUCAUUGAGAAUUAUUAUUCAUCAACAUAUACAAAUCAAAUCCAAUUACUAAACAGAUAUAAAAAAUCACCAUAUGUAUACAAAUUCAUUAGAAAUGAAUGGAUUGAAUUGGGAUAUAAUGGUGAUGCAUUCGGUAAAUUUAAAAAUAUAGUUAGUUAUAUAGAUUGA